AUGUGGAAAUACUCUCAUGUAUUUCAUGAUAUUGUGAUUGCUGCUUGGAAUACUCCCAUUGUUGGAAGUAAAAUGUAUACUAUGACUAGUAAAUUGAAGAAAGUCAAAGCUGUCUUAAAGGAGCUCAAUGGAGUGGGGUUUUCUGAUAUUCAAGCUGUUGCGUUAAGUGCUUAUCAAGCCAUGUUGGUUGCACAGGAAGCAAUGCAUCACAACCCUACUGAUCAACUAUUGGCUGAUCGGGAACUUGAUGCUACUAAUGUGUAUAGAGUUAAGAAUAAAGCUUAUCUGAAAUUUUUGAAGCAAAAAGCUAAAGUUGACUGGAUUAAGGCUGGAGAUGAGAACACAACUAUCUUUCACCAGAGUAUUAGAAGUAGAAAUGUUCAAAAUCAAGUAUACAGUAUUCAUGACCUGAAUGGGGUGUGGAAAGAUGACCAUGUAGCUUUGUCUGAAGCUUUUGUUUCUUACUAUAAAACUCUCCUUGGUACCACUCAUGCUCAUAAGAAAUCUGUUGUUCAUCAGAUUGUUCAUAUUGGUCCUGUUUGCUCUUCUGAUCACAAGGCAAUCUUAAAUUGUCCCUAUACUGUUGAUGAAAUAAAGGAAGCUUUGUUCUCUAUCAAAGAUUGUGGUUCUGAUAUCACUGUUGAUGCCUUAGAUGUGUUGCAAUCUGGUAAACUCUUAAAGGAGGUUAAUCACACUGUCAUUACUCUCAUUCCUAAAACCAAGUAUCCAAGGAAUGUGAGUGAUUUCAGAACUUUCUCCUGCUACUCUUCUGGUUUACAAGCCAAUAAGGCUAAAUCUUUCAUUUAUUGCUAUGGAAUGACUGAUACUGUUGUGAAAAAGAGUUUUAGAUGUGUCUGGGUUUAA